CAAAAAUAUAGUUGGAGUGGAGUGCGAAUAUAAAUACGUUAGGUGAUGAAAAGUUGAGGGAUUGGGAAAAGAAUGGGUUGUUCAUCAGAAUUGAAAUACGCAUGGCCUUGUAGUGUGAAUGUACGUGUCUUCGUGACGGUGUGGCCGAGCGUGAAGGGAUCUGGAAGAGGCAAUUUCAAGAACUGGAAAGAGCAGAUGGUUUGCCUGCUGGAGAGCCAGGACGUGGCGGGGUUUGUCGACGGUGAAAUCGUGGCUCCGGAGAAACACGAGGCUGAGCAGUGGAAGCUGUGGAGAAGAACGGACAGGCUCGUCAAAGGAUGGAUUUUAGGAUCGGUGGGGGCAGACGUGCUUGACGCAGUGCGGGACAAGGAAACUGCAAGGGACGUAUGGCUAGAGUUGGACAACAUUUUCAAAGAAGAUGAUGAUUCGGAGAGUGGAGAUUUUAGCAGAUAUUUGGCAUUGUACCAAGCAGCAAUGAAAGGUGACUGGGACACCGCGAAGAAAUUCUUCGAGGAUAUAAACGAAUUAAGCAGCAGCAUUAUCAGUUCCAAGAAAGAAACAGUUCUCCAUGUAGCCGUGUUGACCGGAAAAGCAAAUGGUUUGGUGAAAAAGUUGGUGGAAAUGAUGCCACUCGAGGCGUUGGCCCACAAGGACAGUAAUGGGGAGACUGCCUUACACAAUGCUGCGAUUGUUGGAAAUACAGAAGCAGCAUGUGUUUUGGUUAAGAAGAAUCCGGAUUUGCUACAUAUGUCGAGUAACAACAAUCGAUUGCCAGUGCUGGAAGCAGCCGUAAAUUGCCAAAAGGAAACGCUAGAGUACUUGAUAGCCCAGCACGAGGCCAACGCCGAGCGUAACCCCUUGUUUGAGGGCCAACGAGGCGUCCAGCUGUUGAAUGCAAUAAUAACUUCUGAAUUUGUUGAUAUUGCAUUGGAUUUGGCUCACAAGUACCGAAAUUUGACAUUAAUAAGAUACGAGAAUGACGGCACGAGAUCGGCACUAUCAACAAUUGCUACUAUGGACACCUUAUUCCCAAGGACAGAUGCUUUCACCUGGUGGCAGAAGUUUAUUUACCAUCUCAUUCCUUUAAAAAAUUCUAAAUCAGAAGCUGGCCACACGAGAUGUGUAACCCAUGACAUUGAAAAUUUAAAUAUCGAUGGCGCAGCGCAGAGGAAAUACUCCACCUCGUCUCAGAUUAUCUCUCGAGGAAAUGGGGAAGAAGCUGGAAUCCAUGAUUUGGCAUUGCCUCAAGUAAAGGAGAUGAGGGAGAAGAAAGCAAGGCAUCAACAAGCACUACAACUUGUGAAAUACUUGUGCGACAACAUAGUGUCUUUACCUGAAAAUGAAGCUACAAUUAUAUUUCGGGAAUCUAUUAAGCUGGCGGCCGAGUACGGCAUCAGUGAGAUUGUGGAAAUGGUGAUACACACAUUUCCAAUGGUCACUUUCCAUACAGAUUCUGACAGCGGCAGGAAUAUAUUCCUUCUAGCAGCCACUUAUCGCUUCGAGAAUGUUAUCAACCUCUUCUAUAAUAUGAGUGACCGCAGAUACAUCUUUUUCGACGACACAGACGAUCAAGAUAACAAUUUACUGCACAUUUGUGGAAAACUAGCCCCUUCUGACAGACUCAAUCUUGUUGCCGGUGCAGCUCUACAAAUGCAGCGUGAAUUACAGUGGUUUAAGGAGAUGGAAAAUUUUGUCCAUCCUUCACGCAGAACAUGGAUGAACAACGACAAGCAAACUCCACAGAUGUUAUUCACAAAGGAGCACGAGAAGUUGAAAGCGGAUGGGGAGAGGUGGAUGAAAGACACGGCUAACGCGUGCACCAUCGCGGCAGCACUGAUUGCAACGGUCGUGUUUGCUGCAGCUUUCACCGUUCCUGGUGGGAUCGAGUCUGCAUCGGGCAUGCCGCUGCUUGUUAAAGAUCAUGCUGAGCAAUCUCCAGCUCCUAUGUUCGUGUUAUUUGCGGUGUCAGACGCCAUAUCCUUGUUCACUUCCAUCACGUCUCUGCUGAUGUUCCUCUCCAUCCUGACUUCGCGAUACGCGGAGCAAGACUUUCUAUACGUUCUGCCCAAGAGGUUAAGCAUGGGUCUUCUCAGCCUGUUCGUGUCCAUUACGUUUAUGCUGGUCGCCUUCAGCGCUACGCUGUAUCUGGUGCUUCAAGGUGACGUGGCGUGGUUUGGGGUGCUUGUGGCGGCCUUCGCUUCCUUGCCGGUAACAUCAUUCGUGCUGCUGCAAUUCCCACUGCUUGUAGACGUUAUCUACUCUACUUAUGGCCCUGGCAUUUUCGGUAAGAAGACCAACCGUCUUCUCUAUUGAUCAGCCAUUGCUUCAUUUGCAUACUCGAUCGGUAUUAGCAUUAUUAGUUAUUUACUAAUCCCACGCACAUGUUCUUCUUAAUAAUAAGUGGUUUCUACUUCUUUUCUUUUCUAUCCCAAAAUUGUAUUUGUAUAAUCAAUGGGUUUUGUUUUUUA